AAGACGUGUGCAAAAUUGCCCUGUCUAUAAAUACGCUCGUCUGUCAGAGACUUUAUCCAAGUUCCAGUUAUACAAUACGGAGGAAGUCAAAAACUAUUCAACCAUGAACGGAAAAGUUGUUCUCAUGCUGGUAGUGUUGGGCCUUAUGGCAUUUGCUGUGGCCGAGGAGACAUUGUGUAAAUGUCCUAAAAUAGAUUUGCCAGUUUGUGGCGAUGAUGGAAAAACGUACAUGAAUGAGUGUCUGGCCACGUGCGCAGGAGUUACUGUUGUAUCACAGGGUGCCUGUCCAACUACAACUGCUCGGGAUUUUGUCAAAGUUUUGAAAUUGUAUGAAAUAUAUGAAGGAUAUCGAAACUCAACAAUGAACGGAAAAAUUACGCAGACCAUGCUAAUGCUCUGUAUCGUCGUCUUUGCAGAGGCAUAUGAAGCAGUGACAAAAGGACCUUGUUACUGUCCAGCAAUAGUUUUACCAGUCUGUGGCGUGGAUGGUAACACCUAUUCCAAUGCCUGCCUUGCUGAAUGCGAUGGCAUUGAAGUAGAAUACGAAGGCGAAUGUGGAUCUCCGGACGGAAUUGUGUCACAUCCUUUGACAAGUGAAAAUUAAUACAGAUGAAAACAAAAUCUUGCAAUGUGCUUAAAAAAAUACAUUAAUCUAACAAUAUACACUGUGUGCUAGGUUAGCAUAAAAUGUACUUCAGCUUCUUGUCAUUUCAUUCAACCGCAUGAACUAAGUAAUAACAAAUAUCAUUUCAUAAUUAUUUUAUUUCAAUUUGAAAGACACUUAAUGAUGAU